AGUCUGAGAUUUCGAAACGGUUUAGCCUCUGGGUUAACUUCCCUCAGAAACUCGUUUGCGCGUGUACGUGGUUUCAUUUAUACAGGCGCUUCCGUUGACAACCAUACCCACUCGUGAUUUGGGUGGGGUUUCGCUGGAGGAACAGCAGAGGAGUCGUGGACAGUCACUAAUCUGAAGGCAGAGAGGCGACCCAUUUAUUUAUUCGCACGCCUUUGUCUGGUCUAUGGUACCCUCAAACACUUACAAUAUGCUGCAAUGUUUUUAUGGACUUGUCUAUCUUUCGGCAGUUUUAGCGUUUGCGACUCUCACAGGUACACAAGCUGAAUGUCCUGUUCAGAUCAACCCACGGAGAGCUGUUGUGAGGUACGGCGGUUCUGUUGCAGCUAACUGUAGCACUUCAGUCCCGCAUCAAGGGAUAGGAUGGGAAGCCAGUGAGGGAGCAGUGCCCAUGACCAAAGACAAGAAUCUGAUCACAUGGAGAGUGUCAGAACUGAAAGAAUGGGUCAUAAAGCCGUACUGCUUCAUAAACUAUAAAACAGGCGAGCAGUGUGAAGUAAAGCUCCCAGUCACUGUUUACAAGACUCCAGACAGUGUGUCCAUCAGCACUGUGGAUCACAGCGGACCAAUGAUGGAGGGAGAGCAGUAUAAGCUCCAGUGUGACGUACACAAUGUGGCUCCUGUUCAGUAUCUCACUGUCAAAUGGUACAAAGGAGAGACUCUGCUGAAUCAAACCAUCUUCACUGACACUAGCGAGACUCCAGUGAAUGAAACCGUCACACUCCAGAUCCGUCCAGACAGAGAUGAUGAUGGAGCUCAAUACCGGUGUGAAGCAGAGCUGGAUCUGGGAGCAGAAGGACCUCAACCUCAUCCUAAAAGUUUAUCAAAUCCUCUUAAUGUUGAAGUACACUAUAAACCACGACACUCCAGUUCAACAGAGACCAUCAUUAAAAAGGAUGAGGUUAUUCUAGAUUGCACAGUGAAGGCAAACCCGGCUCCUAGGUACACAUGGAGCUCAGAUCAUCUGGAAGAGGAGAUCAGCUCCUCAGUGCUCAAGUCCUCUACACUCAGUCCAGGAAACUACACGUGCAUCGCCACAAACACUCGGGGAAACGACAGCAAAGUGUUCAUCGUCCAAUCUACAGGGGCUGUUCACACAGAAUGGGGUUUUCCAAUCCACUACGCUAAUUUUCUAUGUUUUUUUAUGUCAAUGUGAAACCACUUUUGAAGCAUCUCACAUGAUAUGGUGUUCAGAAACGUGGCACUUAUGUUAAGAGAAGUUCAACUUUUUAAAAAAUGCAUCUCAAGACCUUGCGUUUCUUCCCGUUCCACUGCCCACAUCUCAGACUCAGACUCAGACUCAACUUUAUUGUUCCGUUAGGGGAAACUAAGAUUGCAGCAAAGUGCCAAUACACUAACCAUAUCCAUGCACACAUAACCAUUACACCCAUAAAAGCAUACAAUGUACACAUACAGUUUCCCAAACAUUAAAAUUAAACCAGCCUUUACUCAAGUUCAUAAAUUUUGGGUACCAAUAUAUUCUCCUCCCCAGCAGACUUCAAUAACGUAAUGGCCACAGUAACAAAUGAAUCUUUAGUUCUUUUCAUCCUGCAUACAGGAACUCUAAAACGACGGCCUGAUGGCAACAUCUGAAACUCAGUAUGUAGUGGGUGGUCAGUAGUACAGAGAAUGGCCUGGGCUUUCUUAACAACAGAAUUUUGGUAAAUUUCAGUAGGCCCAGUUUGAUUAACACCCAUAAUCUUGCCUGCCACCUUCACAAAGCUACCCAACCUAUUCUUAUUUGACAGAUUCAAGUGACCAUACCAUACUACAAUGCAAAAGGAAAGGACAGAUUCAAUAAAUUGUUUGUAAAACAGUGACAUAAUAGAAGAGCAAACACUAAAAGAUUUUAAUUUCCUCAGAAAAAACAAUCUUUGUUGAACCUUUUUAACGACAGCCAAGGCGUUGGGUUGGAAAGUCAACUUAUUAUCUACAACUACUCCCAAAUACUUAUGUAUCAACAGUUUCAAUGUCCAAACCUUUAAUUCUUAUCAUCCAGGGGCUAGGAGAAAACCUCCUGUAAUCAAUCACCAUAUCCUUCGUUUUAUUAGCAUUCAACUGAAGAGAAAAUCGGUCACACCAUGAAAUGAAGUCCUCCACGACAGGACCAUGCCCCAAAUCCUGUUCGUGGAGAAGACUCACAAUCACUGAAUCAUCGGCGUAUUUUAUGAUAUAGCUAUUCUCAGACAUUCUCGACAAUCAUUUGUAUACAUAAUAAACAAGAGAGGUGAAAGACAACAGCCUUGAGGGGACCCAGCAGAACAGUACUGAAAGUCAGAAAGAACACCAUUGACUCUAACACACUGAAGACGUCCUACUAAGAAAUCCAAAAUCCAUCCAGAAAUAUUAAGAUCCAAAUUAAAAUGAGAAAUUAAUUUCUCUACCAACAAAUGUGGCUUCACAGUGUUAAACGCAGAAGAGAAAUCAAUAAAUAACAAUCUAGCAUGGGUCUUGGGCCUUUCCAAGUGACUAGACAGAUAAUUCAACAAUGCAAGAUUAGCAUCCUCUACUCCCCUGCCCUGUCUAAAUGCAAACUGCAGUGGAUUAAGUCUAUCUUUUGAUUGCUGUAAAAUUUCAUCUUUAACUACUUUCUCAAGACACUUUAUAACUAACGAAGAGCUACCGGCCUAAAAUCAUUUAGCUCCUGUGGAGACCUAGUCUUAGCUACAGGGACUAUAAUAGAUUUUUUCCAAAUUUCAGGAGCUCUUUGUAACAUAAGAGACUGGGAGAAAAUGUAUUGAAAUAUUUCACACAGCUGUUCAGCACGUGUACGUAACACCCUACCCUACAUAUAAUAUUAUCAGGACCGGGACUCUUUUUAGUAUUAACUCUCUGGAAAAGAUCUUUAAUCAUAGUAAUAUUUAAAAAUUGACUACACGCCAAGUCUCGUUUUAAAAUGUCAAUUUCUGACUUAAAAUCAUUAUCAUCAAACCUUAAAUAAAAUAUGUUAAGUUCCUCAGCAAACUGUUUCACAGAACUGAAUCCCUUCAAUUGAAUAUCUCUAUCACCGCUAUCUUCUUUACACCCAGCCAUUGCCUUCAUGCCUUGCCAGGCUGAUCUUAAGUUAUUGCCACGUCACUGUUUCUCAGUUUUAUCCUUAUUUAUUUGAACUCUCACAGCCUUUUUUAACUCCUUAAAAGUAUUCAUAUCACCCUGUUUAAAGGCUAUUUGUUUACUGUGCAGAAGGACUUUUGUGUGACUAGACAACCAUGGUUUGAAAAUCCAUAACAGUUUUGUUAGGAAUGAUCAUAUCUGUACAAAAAGACAUAUAGUCACACACCACUUCUGUAAGUUCAUCGAUACUUUCUGAUGCAUCUUGAAAAACAGACCAAUCUGUACCGUCAAAACAGCCUUGUAAGGCCAGAGAGCUGUACUCUGACCACACCUGUACCUUCCUUUCCAGCGUCUUCUCCUGCCGUAACACAGAUUUAUAAACUGGAAGGAGAUGUACCACGUUGUGGUCUGAGAAACCAAUUGGAGGGCCUGCUAAAGCUUUCAUUGCCCCCUUUAUCGAUACAUAACAGAGGUCCAAAGUCUUAUCAUAUCUCGUGUGGCAAUUUACAUACUGAUAAAAAUCACAUAAUGUCUUCUUUAGAUCACAGUUAUUAAAAUCCCCGAGAACAAAGUUAGGAGCAUCCGGUGAAAUUAGUUUCAAAUUUGAUAAAACUUUACUAACAGUUCCAACAGCAGAUUUACUGUUCGCUUUCGGAUGGAUGUAAACAACAGUAAUAAAAAUCUGUGGAAAUUCCCUCGGUAAAUAGAGGGGUCUUAAUAGUGAUUUUUUUUCCCCGUUACCUCACUGUCCCGAUCCAAGCGAACAGGUGAAUCAAACCCAUAUAGCGCCAGUGAGGAAUCCAUGUCCUGGGGAGUAAGCCAUGUCUCAGUCAAUGCCAGGAUGCAAGCAUUUUUAUACUCUUGAAGAUGACGAAUAUUAGCCUGUAGUUCAUCAACCUUAUUCUUCAAAGAUUGGAUGUUCGCCAGAAGUAUAGUUGGAAGUGGGAUGCGUUUUUUUUUAAGUAGGUUUUUAACUCUCACUCGAAUUCCUCCUUUCUUUCCCCGUUUCCAAAUCCGUGGCUCCUUCGGAGGCCUCUCCUCGACAAGGCCGUUCACCUGACUCCGAAGCUUUAUAUCCGAAUCGGAACGAGCCAGGAUACAAUCCAAACUGUCGUCCACCUGCUCGUCCAAGUCACGAUACGUCCAUCUAAACCCGAGUGAGAACUCCUGGAAAUACCGAAGUCUGUUUGUUUUGUUAGGCUGGUGACACAUCACUCCGCUGAUGAUACUCAGCCAAAUAAUCAAAUAAAACACAUCCAUAUCCGCAUAAAAACCGGCCGACGCGUGUCCAAAGAUUAACUCUCCCACUGUUAUUAAGUCAUUGUUAUUGUAUGAUUCUUUCACAUCUUGUUCAUCAUGAUAACCUUAACAAAUGAAAAUAACUUUAUGAAGCUUAAAUAUAAUUGGCAGGAAAAAAGCUAAACAAAGGCUUUAAACUUAAACAUCUUUUAGACUUUGUCUCUUUAGAAAAUAUUUAGAAAAUAUAAAAAAUAGUGUGCAAGAGUGUGAUUAUAAACAUAAUGAGGCUGUAAAAGUGGACUAGUAGUUAUUAUUAUUAUUAUUAUUAUUAUUAUUCCUAAUAAUGUUUAAUGUCCCUGCCAACCUCUGUAGUCCCAAUUAGCCAAUUGUUAGCAGCAAGCAACCACCCAGACAAAUAGAAGCUUUAAAAAUCACAAGGGGUUAUUACACUAAUGUUCUAUGUUGUAGAAUAACAUGAAUAUAAAACGUGAACAUAAAUAUCUUGAAUAUAAACAUGAAUAUAUUUUGAGCUUGUGUUAAACACAGGUCUUUUUUAACCAAAAAGCUAUUGACGUCUGGACAAUUGAACCAGAAGUGCUAACCUAGUCGUUUUUGGCCUAAAAAAUUGUCAUCCCUGCAGCGCUCCGUAACAAUGACUUCUGAUACAGGGUGGCGUCUAUUCCGUUUGAAUUGAAAAUACUGAAGAUGAGAAAGGAAACAUGCAUGUGUUUGUGACAUCUAGCUUAUUUAUACAAGUCGAUUAUCUUAAACUAUCAGUAUUGAUCUAUCUCAAAGUUCAUUCUUUAUCUACGGGGUGUUUUUGUGGUCUUUGUGUGUUUUUGUGCAUUUAAUGAUUCAACAGGCACUUUUAUGCGAAAUGAGGAAUAGUGCCACAAUAGUCUCUUGUAGUCUCCCAUACACUGGUGUUGUGUUCCCCCCAGGCCACUCCAGGACUGCUGCUAGCAGUGUGUGUGUUGUACAACCAACAGAGUUACGCUUCUGUUGCUGAAGCUGUUGAUUGAUUCAUCUGUUUGUAAAAUAAUUAUUGUCUUUUCUC